AUGAGCCUCUGGUGGCAGUUCAUUCCCUACUUCCUGUUGGGCGCAGCUGAGACCUUCACCAACGUUGGCAUUCUUGAGAUGUUCUUCACACAGGUGUCCGAGGGCAUGCGCGCCCUGGGCGCGUCCUUCUACCUCCUGACAAUCGCCAUAGGCACCUACCUGGCCAGUGCCCUCAACAUCAUCGUCGCCGCCGCCUUCCCCAAUGACCUUUGGGUGGCCGACAACCCCAUUUUUGGUCACUAUGAUUACUACUUCUUCCUGAAUGCUGUCAUCAUGUUGUUGGGAUACAUCGCCUUUUUGCUGGUCACUCGCAACUACGAGGAGAAGCCUGUCAUUAAUGCUGACAGGGACCCCCUGAACACGGAGACCCGGACCCACAGCAACCUCUCAAGCGCCUCCCGCGCCUGGCCCAGCGCGGCCAGCCGCACCGGCCGCGCCAUCGAGCUGAGGGCACGCUCCAUCGAGUCUGUCGCCCGCAUCUCCCUGGCAUCAGCCGGCGGCAAGGACGCCAGCCAUGUCCCUGAGGCUGGGCUGGUGUCGGGGCGCGGAGAGGCAUGA